CGGUGCGCCGUAGCGGAGCGGGCUUAGCUCUUCCGGUUGUGGCGGCGGGCUUGCCCCGCUGGAGAAAUCUCGCGAAUGGACUCCGAAGGGAUGCAAACGCUAGCGACAUGGAGAGAGAAUGCGAGAAGUCUGUAGUUGUCGCAGUUGUGACUGAGCCUCGGUUUACCCAGAGAUACAGAGAUUAUCUGGAGAAGCGGAAAGUCUUGGAUAGACAGCACCGUGUGGAAAAGCUGCGGGAUGGCACGGUGGCGCUACCGGUGCUGGCGGAAGCCCUUUCUGAGCAGCAUCUGCAGGAGCUGAGGAGUCGCGUGGCUCCGGGCAGCACCUGUCUGCUGACGCAGCUCCCGGAUCCUCUCCCUUCUAAAAAGGCCCGGGUUUGCUCACCUGCUCAGAGGCUGUGUCUUGAGGUGAGGCGUUGGGUGGAGGACCGCGGAGUGACGUGGUCCUCCGAAUUGGAGGCUGAUUUGCCCCGGUCUUGGCAACGGCAUGGUGACCUAAUGCUGCUUAGUGAAGACUGCUUCCAAGCCACGCCGUGGAAAAGUCUGCAACCAGAACUCUGGGAGACUGUCGCCUCAGCCCUUGGAGUUCAACGUUUGGCAAGACGAGGGCGGGUGUUAGCUGAUGGUACGCGAACUCCGUCAGUGACUCUGCUGCUGGGUGACCAUGGCUGGGUAGAGCAUAUGGAUAAUGGCAUCAGGUAUAAGUUUGAUGUGACACAGUGCAUGUUCUCCUUCGGAAACAUAACUGAGAAACUUCGAGUGGCAUCCCUGUCCUGUGCUGGAGAGGUGCUGGUGGAUCUCUAUGCAGGGAUUGGUUAUUUUACGUUGCCUUUCCUAGUUCAUGCCGGUGCAGCCUUUGUCCAUGCCUGUGAAUGGAAUCCUCAUGCUGUAGUUGCUCUAAGAAACAAUUUGGAGAUCAACGGAGUCGCAGACCGGUGCCAAAUACAUUUUGGGGAUAACAGGAAACUGAAGCUCUCAAACAUUGCAGAUAGGGUGAACCUGGGGCUCAUUCCCAGUUCUGAAGAGGGCUGGCCCAUUGCCUGCCAAGUACUCCGGAAGGAUGUUGGGGGUAUUCUGCAUAUCCACCAAAACGUGGAAUCUUUCUCAGGAAAGAAUCCACAGUCACCUGGAAGCAGUAACAUGGAAGAAGAGCUUUGCCCUUGUCCCCAGAAAAUUACCACUAAUAAAUGGGGAAAUGGAACUACUGGGAAAUUCAGGGGAGGAAUGUUAUCAGCCAGCAAACCAGAGUGGCAAAGAUGGGCAGAAUCUGCAGAAACUCAGAUUGCCUCUCUUCUUCAACAAGUGCAUGGAAAACCGUGGAGGACACAAAUCUUGCAUGUUCACCCAGUGAAAUCUUAUGCCCCCCAUGUGGAUCACAUAGUCCUAGAUCUGGAAUGCCGCCCCUCUCCACUAGUUGGCUAGAAGGGGUAGAUUAAAUGUCACAAUAGAGCCAGAUGAGUAGCCCUUAGUACUUCAGCUAGGGCUGCGUUCUCACCCUUCUGUUUUCUGGUGACCUUUUAAAGUGAUUUGUGGUCUUAAAAUGAACUCUCGAUUGACCCAAAGAGUUUUGUCUUCUGUUGAUCACAUUGAGAAUGUAUUAAUGUAUCAGAGGAAAGCAAUGUGACUUAUUAAAAUAGGAUUCAUCUGUGCAGACAUGAA